AUGACUGGUGGCCACCCAGGCCCAACAGAGAGGUCGUCGACCUUCAACCACCACGCAUCGCCACAAAAUCUUCCCGGAAACCGUCACCAUCACUUCCACGUCCUCAGUGGCUAUCCCUGCCUUACUUUUAACGGACGAGACACUGGCAACCUCGCCAAAUUUUUGAAGAGAAAAAUCCAAGUGGUCGAGCGAAAUAUACAAGAGCACUCCAUGCAGGAUUGCUUUCGUCUUCCUGGUCCCAAGGUGAUCCGUUUGGAACCUCACCGACUUGGUUGUCACGAUGCCAGUGACUUUGCCGCGUCCUCUUAUACCAACAGGAUAUUCCACAUAGCACUAUUUCUUCUGGCCAAAACUUUGGCCCCAAUGCUCAGGCUCUUAAUUGCUUCCUCCAUGAUCUCCCUUUUGACGCCGAUCUUUACGUCCACUACGGAAGUAAAGAUAUUCAACAACUUUUAUAAUAUUCGGGUCCUUUUGGGGCUGGUUUAUCACCUGCCCACAUCGAAGGGCUUGCUGGCGUGGGUGUCACCUCUUGGAGAUGGGAUUGCGGCUUAUUGUUGGCGUUCGCACGACACCCUGAACUCUACCUUUCUCUCUCUCCCUCCCUCCAGCUCUGUCCUUAUCUCUCCAACUCUUUCAUUCUAUCUCUAUCUCUCUCAAACACUGCCUUUCUCUCUCUUCAACUCUGCCUUUCUCUUUCUCUCUAUUUCUUUUUCUUUCUCUCUCUCUCGUUUUCUCUUCUCUUUCUUUUCUCUUUUUCUCUUUCUCUCUCUUUCUUUCCUUCCAUUUUUCUCAUUUUUCUCUCUCUUUUCUCUUUCUCUCUUUCCCUCUAUCUCUCUCUUUCUUUUUUCACUCAAAAAUGUCGACCUCGCGAUUUAA